UCAAUGUCAAGAUUUGCUGGGAAUUUCAAAUUUCACAAUAUUGUUAGGUUAUGUUAUGGUGUAUGGUCAUGAUUAUUAUGAUAGAAAAAUAAAUUGAAAUUUAAUAAUUAGGUAUAUUAGUAAAUAUAUAGGUAUUCCAAAUGUGGCCAAUCUUGUUCAGAGCAUUAAGAACAUAUGCUCCUUACAUAACGCUUCCCUUUGCAGGGGUAGUUGGUGUUAUAGGGUACAACUUGGAGAACUGGUUUUCUGAUAAAUACACACCAUAUAAUAAAUCUAUCGAGGAACAAAGGCGGGAAAGGUUGUUGGACGAAGAAACAUUACAAAGGACUGGAGAUAUUGAGAAAUUGAAGUAUAGUGCCAAUGUACUCAACACUAAUGUUUCACCUUCCUUAUCAUAAAUGAUGAUCAGUCAUAAUAUAAGCUACUGUGAUGUAAUAGUUGAAUAAAUUAGCAGAUUAUAGUAGGAGUCUUGUGAUGAAGAAUUAAAUUAUUUAAUCUCA